AUGUCGUCAACUCCCGAUAGUCAGACGCAAGCUCUGAAACGCAAGUCAACGGACCCGCGCAUGGACCCCAUAGCCAAAAGACACAGUCUUCAGUAUGACCCGCAGGUCCCAUGGCUGCACGAUUCCAACCCUACAGGUAUAUGGCGGACUCAAGGAAAUCCGGAUGUCCACCAUGCGCUGCCACUGGCAAACAUGGUGUCUGCCGUCCAAGACCUGAUAGACCCAGACUUUGAUCCGUUGACAGCAAUGCUGGACGACGAGCCUCGAUUCCUCAAGCCGUUGCCUGCUCGGAUUGCUCCAGAAGAUUUGGAGUUUUUGCGAUUCCGCGGUGCGCUUUCUCUUCCAGAGAGCGGACUCCGCCAUGAACUGCUGCGCUGCUAUAUCCAAUGGGUGCACAGUUUCAUGCCCGUUUUGAACCUGCAAGAGUUCCUGCGGUGUGUUGCCGAGAACGACCCUGCGGGAAAUGUAAGCAUUCUCUUGUUUCAGGCAGUCAUGUUCAUUGGUACGGCAUUCGUCGACCUCAAGCAUUUGCAGGAUGCUGGGUAUUCAACGCGCAAGAGCGCGCGUAGUGCUUUUUUCACUCGACUGCGGUUACUAUAUUCACUUGACUGUGAAGAGGACCGCAUUGUGAUUUUGCAAACCCUAUUAUUGAUGACUUACUGGUCUGAUCCAGAAAACAGCCCCCAGCGAGAUAUCUGGGACUGGAUCGGAGUAUGCAACACACAGGCACAAUCGAUUGGACUCAACAAAGACCCCGCAUCUGGUGAAAUGGAUGUACACACUCGACGCCUACGCUCUCGGCUCUGGUGGUGUCUUUUUUCUCGAGAUCGCCUCAUUGCCAUGGGUAUGCGUCGGCCUUUGCAGGUCAAUGAAGGGACAAGUAGCGUUCCAAUGCUCCGCCUAGACGACUUUGAUUUCGAACCAUUCUCCCCAUCUGUGGUUGCAAAUUUCCAUUGCCGCCAACUUGAGGAUGUGUCACACCAGAAACGCCUGGCCAUUAUGUUUAUUGAGAAGAUGAAGCUUUGCCAAUGUAUCGGCAGAGUAUUAUUCGCCCAAUAUACACCAUCUCAACGUCAGUUUGGUGCCACAAAUCGCACUACAGUCACUAUCGUGCCACGUCAGGCUUCUGAGUCCGAGUUUGCACGAUGUGGUCAGAAACUCGAUUCUUGGCUGAGUGCGCUACCCAAGGAUGCCCAGUUCAUCCCCAAAACAAGGACCAAUUUUCGUGAAGGCGAAGAUGUUCUAUUAUUACAUGGAGCAAUGCUCCGCAUGCUUUACCAUGCGACCAGCAGUGCGCUCCAUCGACCGUGGGCAACAGCUUCGAAAGACCAGUCGAAGACACGCAACGAAUGGCGAAACACUGCCCGCACCAAGAUGCACGAUGCAGCGGGAGGCAUCACACAUAUCAUUCAAGGCUUGAACCAGCUCAAUCUAACACGUUUCCUACCCCAAUCCGGCGUUACUGUGAUUUUACCCGCUGCCGUGGCGCACUUAUCCAACACAAUGUCUGACAACGCAGCUGUUCGCGAAAGCAGUGUCUUCAACUUCCACCGUUGCAUACAAGUUCUGCAUUGUCUGAAGGACAUUUACCCAGCCGCCGAUCAAGAGUACGCUAACAUUGAAGCUGCUAUAAAGAUGCAGUCCGGAGCAUCGAGUACAUUCUUUGAAGUGAUGCAGUACAAUCUUGAUUCUCCCGCUACCUCUUUAACAACCAGGAAAUCAAGUACCUCGCAGUCUUUGCCAACGCCUCAACUAUAUUCAUCGUUACUGGGAAGGCCAGCAAGUGACAAUGAAGCGUCUAGGCCACGGGCUGCAUCUGCCCAAGAGACCACCGAUCAAAUGAAGCAAAGCCCUCAACCCGCGCAAGAGCCAGCCCCACCGGUUUUCCCAAAUGACUUCGAUCAAUUUGACGACCCAAAUAACGUCGACAAUAAUCCGUUCAAUUUUCUUUCAAUCGAUAUUGACUCCUUCCCCGACAUUCCUACGUCUGCCAACCCAAUGGACUUCAAUAAUGCCGAUCCAAUGAACGUUUCUCCACAUACCCAGGAUCCGGAGACCGUUGACUGGGCGCAAGAGCUCUUCCGGGAGACUGACAUGAACCAAUUACGCCAUACCGAAGCCUUCGGCGAACUCCACACAGCGAAUCAAACACAAGAUACCCCGGAACAUGAGACAUUUCCAUUCACUCUGGAAGGCGCAGAUGACAUCAUGUCACAGGUUGAUAUUCGACACCAAUCCACAACCAGUGCACGGCCUGAUAUCACUGGCGAUUUGGACAGAGACCUUGGCUUUCAAUCUGGGGAUGAUAUGUUCUGA